UGCCAUUUUGAGCCAAAUUGCGGCUUGUACAGCGCACGGGGUCUGAUAAUCCAAAUACUUUUUCGGAUUGAAGUAUCUUUUCUAGCUGUAUCGACCUACAUUGAAAAUAUAGGAAACUUUAUUUCUUGGUUUUUGUGUUUAAUGCAGAGUACAAUUAUUGAAUUUAGAUUGUAGCGCAACCUAGUUUUGAGUGUUUAGCAUUAGCCAGCUAGCUCAUUGAUAGUGAACCACAUUGUUAGAACGAGGUCGUCGUCAGUGAAUGAGCAUUUUGCUAAAUUGCUAGCCAGUAAGCUAACAAAGGAAUAUAUCGUGUCGGCUUCUUAGGACCGUUGUCGAUACGCAAAACGUGCCUUAUUUGGUUCAGAGUAAAUCUAGGCCAUAAGGACGUUUUAAAGUUGUUUGGUAAAUAACGUUACUUGAUUUGCCAUUGUUUGCGCUAGAGUGCUGUUCUACGCGGUUUCAGUGAAACGUUCGUCGCUGCUUGCUAGGUAACAGAUUCCGCGUGUUGAGAAAACCUUUGUCGCUAAUGAAAAUGGCCGAGUGUUAUAUUCGUGUGGCGGAAGAUGAGAAUGAGGAGCCCAUGGAAAUCCCAUCCGAGGAGGACGGCACCGUAUUGCUGUCGAGCGUCUCUGCACAGUUUCCAGGGGCUUGCGGCCUACGUUUCCGGAGCCCAGUGUCCCAGUGCAUGCGAGGGGUCCGUUUGGUGGAAGGAAUUCUUCAUGCUCCCGAAAAUGGAUGGCAGAAUCUGGUCUAUGUCGUUAACUAUCCUAAAGAUAACAAAAGGAAGAUGGAUGAGAUGGAUGCUGCCUUGGCCUCAAAAAUGAAAAGGGGGGAUCAGAAGACCUCAGACCUGAUUGUGUUAGGGUUACCAUGGAAAACCUCAGAGCAGGACCUGAAGGACUAUUUUGCCACUUUUGGGGAAGUCAUCAUGGUCCAGGUCAAACGUGAUGUGAAGACUGGAAACUCAAAGGGCUUUGGAUUCGUGAGGUUCACAGAAUACGAAACUCAGAACAAAGUGAUGUCACAGCGUCACAUGAUUGAUGGAAGAUGGUGUGACUGCAAGCUCCCUAAUUCAAAGGCCUUUAGUCCAACGGAUUAUAUGUUUGGCUUUCAGGCUGGUCCCGACGAGCCCAUGAGGUGCAGGAAAGUGUUCGUCGGCCGAUGCACUGAGGAUAUGACUGCCGAUGACCUGAGGCAGUUCUUUAUGCAAUAUGGCGAAGUUACUGAUGUGUUCAUCCCAAAACCUUUCCGUGCUUUUGCUUUCGUCACCUUUGCUGAUGACCAGGUUGCCGCAGCACUGUGUGGUGAGGACCUGAUCAUCAAAGGAGUCAGCGUGCACAUCUCCAAUGCUGAGCCUAAGCAUAACAACAGUAGGCAAAUGAUGGAGAGGGCAGGGCGCUUCGGCAAUGGCUUCGGCCAGGGGUUUGGCAGUAGCCGUAGUAUAGGAGGUAGCAGCUCUAGCAACCUGGGUAACUUUGGUACCUUCAACCUCAACCCAGCUAUGAUGGCCGCAGCCCAGGCCGCUCUACAGAGCAGCUGGGGGAUGAUGGGCAUGCUGGCGAGCCAGCAGGGUCAGUCCACCACCUCUGGCACCAGCACGAGUGGGCAGACUAGCUCGACCCGGGGGGAGACCCAGACGUAUAGUUCAGGGAACAGUAACUACAGCACAGGCUCAGCUAGUCUUGGGUGGGGAACCGGCUCUAACUCUACAACUAGCGGGAGUGGGUUCACCUCUGGCUUCGGCUCCAGCAUGGAGUCCAAGUCCUCAGGGUGGGGUAUGUAAUGGGAUUUGAGUUGUUAAAGUUUGUAGUGUGUGUGUGUGUGUGGUAAGUAUUCUGAGAUUUCUUUUUUUUUUUUUUUUUUUUUUUUUUUUUUCGUCAUGUGUUUUUGAGAUAAACAAAACAAACUUUUGAGGGAUAUUGAAUGUUUUGUAUAUUUGGACAUGUUUGUCCAGAAUUUCAUUUAGAGUGUUUGAAGUGGAUCGUUGUUAACCAGGGGGUAAAACCCACCUAGGAUGUCCUUUUCUUUCUUUUUACGUUCUCUCUUAUUGUCAUUUCAACUGGAUUCUGAAAUGCAUGUAUUGUAUAGUUAUGGUUCUUAAAAAAUGCAUGAGCAAGUUAACAUCGAACCACAUUCUUGCAUUUGUUUUUUCCUUUAUGCUCAGUCUUGCAUUGAGAAGAAUCUAGUUGAAACUGAACAGACUUGCUUACUUUUUAAAGUUCAAAUUUGUUUGCAGUCAAGUUUCUACGGAAAAAAAAAAGCCUUCAUCAAAAAUCUCUUCUGCAGUUCACAUCUCUCCCGCUUUCCUGGGAAGACGCCCCUGUUUGGCAGCACUCUGUGGCUGAUGUCACUGUCAGUUGCCCUCUUCCCCAUGCGUUAAUGCUUUGCCACCACAGAACGGCUAUCUCCUUCGCAUGUGCCGACAAGACGGUGGGUGUUCCCUUUUUAUCCACUUUUUUUGUUUUUCUUUUUUUUUAACAAAUCAAAUGGCAAGAUCUGCGCAAAGUGACAUUUUGAGAACUCUGAGUGCGAUUGGGGAUGAUGGCUUGUUGGUGGCGAAGAGUGACGCUGCGAAUGAGAGAAUGGAAAGAGCAAAAGAACGGGUGGAAGAGAGCGAGCGAAAAGACUGGUUGUGCGAUGAGAGCGCGCCACAUGUGACUGCGAUGGGUGGUGGCUUUGGUGCGAGUGUGAAUGGAAGCUUCAGAUGCUACAAGCGCCUCCUUUGUGACCCCUAUGAUGGACAUUUUGUUAACUUUGUACAUCUCCAGAUCUUUUCCCUUCCUUUCCUACCCUCCUUCUUUAACCCUGCUCUCCUCCUACUGCCCCUCCUUUUAGUAUACUGAAGUGCGUAAAAUAGCACCAAGUUUAGUGGAAUGUUGUGAUAUAUAUUUUGUCUUGCUUCUAUAACCCAUCCUGAAUGCUGUAUGGUGUGUGUGCUUUAUUUCCUUGUACUUGACCUGUAAGUGUGAACUUGAUGUGGAUGACAACUUCUGAGGACUCUUGAGGGGGACAUGAGUGAUGGUGUAAGUGAGACUUGUAUGUGGAGUGCUGUGGAUGUCUUUUUGAAUCCCUCCUAGAUAAUGUUGCUCAGUGUUUUAUAUGACAUGUCAAUGAAGGGAGUUCUCUAAUAAAAAAAAAAUGUUGAUUUGAAA